AUGCUCGGCUGGGGUGUGCUUUCUGCAGCUGCGGGUGCCACCGCAGUGCUACUCCUACAGUGGUGGAGCCGGACGGCGUGUAGACCCGGACGGCGUGGACGAAAGGGCUACACCUCCAUCGAUGCAGCGAGAAACCCGGAGGUGGUGGGUGGGGUCAUCGCCGAUGCCUACGAAGGCACGAUGCUGGCAACAGUGAGGCACGACUACUGUGUCGCGAUGUCCACGUCCUUGAGUGAGACUCUUCAAGAACUGGUGCAGGAGACCCAGCAACUGAAGAUGCCACAGAUGCUGAGCAGUCCAUUGACGGUUCGCUUGCUUCAAUCCUUGAUCCGUGCUGGCUCGGCCACCCGUGCCUUGGAGAUUGGUACCUAUACUGGCUUCACGGCUGUGGGCAUGGCGGAAGCCAUGCCCCAAGACGGCCUGGUCUUGUGCCUGGACGACUUCUCCGAUGAGGCCGCCGCCGAGGCGCUGUGCGAGCGCAGCCUGGAGCGCUGGGCGGCGCGGCGGGCGCAGCGAGGCGCCGGCGCGCGGGUGGAGCUGCGGAAGCAGCGGGCGGUGGAGGGGCUCAAGCAGUUGGCCACAGAGGGGGCAGCACCCUUUGACCUGUGCUUCAUCGACGCUGACAAAGAGAGCCAGAUUGCCUAUGUUGACCUGCUCUCGGAGGGCUUGAUCUCCGCUGGCGGCUGUGUGGUGGUGGACAACACUCUUUGGUACUCGAGGGUCUUGAGGCCAAGAGGUCGACAUGACGCUUGCACCAAGGCUGUGGUGGACUUCAACCAGCAUGUGCUGAAAGACGGACUUCAGAAGACUCGUCGACGAAGUGGAGUGGCGACGGCCGUCGUCGACGGCCUGCCUUGUGAUCCAGAAGAGCUUUAUCUCGAAGUCACGAUGCCACGGGACGCCACUCCAGGCCGAAGUCAGGCUGUGCGCGCCUCGCGCACAGAUGGCGUGGCGCCGCGCAGGUGCAGCGAUGUGGGUUGUGGCCUUUGCUUCUUGGCCUUCCUUGCAGUCACUGCACAGAGCUGUCUCAUGGUGGUAGACCGAAUUGAUCUGCAAAAGCUUUCGCGGGGCAUUGAUCACCGUGGACGCCUUUGCGGUUGGAGUGCUGGUGCAGAAGCUCAAAAGUUGCUCCACUGGUGUACUUUUAGGGCGGAGCAUCACCUGAGUUUGUCCUCUCCAAUCUGUGUGGCGGACUGCCCUCACAAGGGCUCCAGCGUGCUGUGCCCCGAGCCCAACGGCCUGCAGAUCACUGAGUCUGAGGAACUACGGGAAGGUGGCCAGGUGCUCCUCGUGCGAACGGAGAAGCAGCUGCUGUCACCCAGCCAGGUGGGCACCACAACAAGUACAUGGCUAGACCGCUACUGCGUGCCAGAACUUCCUGAGCUCGACAGCUUCCCAAGCUCCGUUUCAGGUGCCGCUGCUGCGCAGCUGCUGGGUUUUUUGGAGCGCGCGCGGCAGUUGGCUUCUGUCCCUCGAGCACUGGCAGUGGCAGGCCUUUGGGUGUUGGCCUUGAAUAUGGCUUAUCUGCUGUGCCUCCGUUACUGUGCCUUGUUCUUCGUGCAUGCCACCAUGCUGCUGGCCCUUUUCCUUUGCUUGGCCGGCUCUGUGGUAUUUCUGGCCCUUUGCAGUCCUGCAGUCCUUUCAGGCCUCUCAUGGCUCUCGCUGCCAGCUUCCGUCAUCAAUACCUUCAAUGUGGCUUCAGCCAAGCUCCCUGCACCUUUGGCGGCUUUCCUGUCGCUGCUCCUCCUUCUGGCGGCUGCAUCUUUGACAGGUGGCCUUUGUGCUCGGCGUCGCCUGGACGUGGCCUCCGACUGCAUCCGCGAGUCCUGCGCAGUGAUGUUGGCCAUGCCUUCCCUGCUGCUGUUGCCGCUGUUGGAUGCCCUUCUGUCUCACCUGCUUUGGGCAUUGCUGCUGGUGACGCUAGCAGUGCUCCUUUCUACAGCGGAGGUUUCAGAGCUCACACUGCUGGGCAUCUCAGGGGUCUUCCGGCAAUUUCACUUGGCGGCAGUGGACUAUUUGCGCCUCAUUUGCGUGGUCUUCUCCUGCUUUUGGAUCCAGGAGCUGAUGGGCGCCGCGUGCGUCUUCGCCACGGCCUAUUCGGUGGCCACCUGGUACUUUGCCCCGGGCACGAGCCGCUCGGGCAAGGCCCGACACUUGCCACUGGCACCGGCCAUCGAAGGACUGGUGAUUGCUUUUAUUUGGCACUUGGGGUCCUUAGCACGUGGCGCCUGCACUUUGGCCUUGCUCCGGCUCUUGCGCUGGGCUCUUUGGCUGCUGCACCUGGCUCUGCGGCAGGAGGAUGAGCCAGACCAGAAACGAGCGAAACGGUGCGGUCGCUGCUUCACAGUCCUUUGUGAUGCGUUGCUUGCUACAUUGCAAGCCUGGACGGAAUUCCUUAGCAGCCAUGCAUAUGUGGACAUUGCACUGAGUUCGCAGUCCUAUGGAGUUGCUGCGGCUAAGGCUGCAGAACUCCUCGGAAGCCACGGCACCUUGGUGUCCAUCCUGGCGCUCAUCGCGUGGUUCCUGCAUCUUGCUCCAUAG